AUGAAGCCUGAGGUUGGAGAUGUUGAUGAAGUGAUGGAGCAGAUCGCCCGGCUGGCACCUCCGUCGCAAAAGGAAGACCACAAAUUCCUUAAUCUGCUGAGAAAGGCGAUAGAAAAGAAUACCAUUGUGACGCCAGGGCCGAGUCUUGAGAAACUUGCUGAGAAAACUGAGCAAAGAGACUUCAAGGUGCUGUCUCUCGCAUUGUUAAGAAAAGAUCUACCUGUGAAAGCACGUGAAGAGUUCAAUGAGCAUAUUAGGAGAGUAAAAGAAAAGAUAGAAGGGCUGAGGAAAAUUGGGGCUCAAAAGGAAGGAGUAAUUGAUUAUGAGAAACGAGUUGAGAGACCCAACAGGAUUAUAGAAGAAAUUAAUCGAAUAGAAGAGUCUGUGCCUGAUGUUCAAAAGAAAAUAAAGAAGGCACGCGACUUAAUUGAGGAAGUAUUCAGUAAAUCUUCUGGAAGACAUUUGAGACCGCUCGAAUACGCAGAGAACUUUUUCAAGCUUAUAUAA